AUUCUGUUUGAGAACGAGACUCUCUUUUACCGGCUCCUCUGCGCUCUCUUCGAUUCACUUCCCUCCUUUUUUCCCUCCUCCUCCAUCUCCUCCUCCCUUUCAAACCCUAAGGAACAACCAAGCGAACGGUGUCCCUCUUCCGCGUGCCCUUCUCCGCUGGAUUCCUGGAAUCUUCCGCUCCUCUCCACCGCGGCUUCCUAUCUCCUGGACGCGUAUCUCCUCCCGCCUGCUCCCGUGCCCUAAAUCCCCCGCUCCGACUCCGACUCCGACUCGUAGCCCCUUCUAGAAUUGGCGCUGCGUUGCCCCUCGCCCGGCCCUGCAGGCCCUCCGACGACGCGAAAAGUGGCGGGUUGUCGAAAAGCCAGCGUCUUGGUGGGUCUUCCACGCUGGUUCGGUUCUAGGGCAUCGGUGGGUUGAAGAAAAAUCGCGUCUUGCGUUGGUCUCGCACGUUUCCUCGACUGGUCGUUGGAGUCUUCGGCGCUGGGAGCCUAGGGUUUUCUUCGGUGUAAGCCCUGAUGGUUUAGAUUGGUGAAUCGAGUUGUGUCCGUGGAUCACGCUCCAAUGGAGAGGGUGGUGGAGUGAGCAGGGAACGUGGUAGGUAUUGGAAGAGAAAUGAAGCGGAUAUGAGUAGGCUGUCAUUCCGGCCUCGUCCUCUCGACAUUCACAAGAAGCUCCCUGUUGUAAAAUCUGUUAAAGAAUUUGAGGAUGAUGAGGCACCUAGUACCACCCCUUCCACUCGAAACUCUCUGCUUCAUCGUCUUGCACCUGAAAAUGACACCGAGACGAAUCAAACACUCAGCAAGAAAUCUUCACAUGAAAUUCCUACUCCACAAUUUAACACUGUGGAAACAUAUGAAAGAGACUAUUCUCGCACCUUCAUUCAAACUACAUCAUAUAUACGUGGAAGAGGAGCCAGGGCUGAGAUUGGUGAAUUUGUUGAAUAUGAUUUGGAUGAUGAGGAUGAGGACUGGCUUGAAGAGUUUAACAACGAAAGAAAGAUUAUUUCGUCCGAAAAGUUUGAGACCCUUCUCUUCAAGUUGGAGGUUUUGGAUCACAAAGCUCGAGAAAGAGCAGGAGUUAUAACACCCACUUUUGGAGCUCCUAUUUCUGUUCUUUUACACCUUGAUUCUGCAGCAGAGGCUUUACAGUUGCUGUCUGUACGUUUUGCAAUUUUGCAGUCAGUAUAUAAUUAUUGGAAGACAAAGCGAGAACGGUGGCAAAAACCUAUUCUGCGCCGCUUGCAGCCUCCUCCCCCGGUUAAUGAUACAAAUCCAUAUAAUGUGUUCAGACCCAGGGAAAAGGCACACCGCCUUCACACAAGAAGGAUGCAAAGAAGGGAAAACAAUGUUCAGUCCUUUGAAAAACUUAGACAGGUUAGACGUAGCUUUGACCAGGCGAAGAGAGUAGUGGAAGCUCUAAUUAAGAGGGAAGGGAAGAAGCGAUUGCUCAUGGAAUGUGAGGUCAAUCUUCAACGCGUCCAGAUGAAGUAUAAGCAUGAGGCACAGCUUAUCGAAGAUCGAAUGGUGUUCCCAAGCUUGCAACGAGCUUCAUGCAAGCUGGCCUCAAGUGAUGAUGACUAUAUGGACUCGGAUGAUACAACAAAUGGUCAUCCGUAUGCCAGGCCUGCAUCUGCCCAUCCAAAAUAUGCGGACUCAAAGUUUGCAAUGGUCCCUACAGGUCAAAUGAAGCGUGAACUGAAACAGAGAUCUGCUUCAAACGGGUGGCUACAGAAGAGGGAUCCUGAUGAGCCUAUAUUGCUAUUUACGAGACCUCUGGAUCCAGACAAGCUUGCUGCUGUAGGCAUUAUGCAACCGCCUUGUCCACCUGCCGAGAAUGGCUCCGUAGCAUCAACAUACCGCUUCCAUGGCAGGAUUGGACGAGGAGGGCGGAUAAUCUUUGACCGUUGCAACCCUCUUUUACGAUCUCCAAUUGGCGAGGAAAGUCUUCCUUGUGUAGCAUAUCCGAGGUCUUCUCCUCCUGAUGGCUAGACUGGUGGUGUUUUUUUGAACUUCAUGUGCAUGCAUGAUUUGCUUGUGAAGAUUAAUGGGUUGGAGAAGCAGCUAAAGGCCUUGUUGAGAUUACUUGAUUUAGUCGAGAGCAAUCGUCAGAGCAUUAGGGUUUCACAAGUCACAAAGGUGGCAUUGGAGCAGCAAGUGCUGUGAACACUAAUUAUUAAGCACAUGGAAUGGACACGAGACCUUGUGUGAGUUAGGCAUGCUGACCAUUCUUCAUUGCUAUUCAUGGCCAUCUCUCUUUUUCAUCACCACUGUGCAAUUACUUGUGCCUCAGGGGAAAAGCCAAGUACUUUCUAACCUCAAUGUUUGUCCAUUCUUUCGGCUUGUAAUUGUGGCAUAUAAUCCAUAUUGUGUACUUGUUAUUUUUAUUUUUUUUUCCUUGCAGAGGUUUCUACUUAAAAUCGUUAGUAGGAUCUUUUAUGAGGGAUAAAUUAAAUCACCACUCCCUCUAUGGAUACA